CCCCGCGCACUCGCUCCGAGCCGCCGCUGCCAUGCCCGGGCCCCGGCCGGCCGCGCGCCCCUGGCGCUGGCUGCUGCUGCUGGCGCUGCCCGCCGCCUGCCCCGCGCCGCCGCGCGCCGUCUACACCAACCACUGGGCAGUGCAAGUGCUGGGCGGCCCGGGCGCGGCGGACCGCGUGGCCGCGCAGCACGGCUACCUCAACUUGGGCCAGAUCGGGAACCUGGAAGACUACUACCAUUUUUAUCACAGCAAAACCUUUAAGAGGUCAACCCUGAGCAGCCGAGGCCCCCACACGUUCCUGAGAAUGGACCCCAAGGUCAAAUGGCUACAACAGCAGCAAGUGAAACGCAGGGUGAAGAGACAGGUGCGCAGUGACCCCCAGGCCCUGUAUUUCAACGAUCCCAUAUGGUCCAGCAUGUGGUACAUGCACUGUGGCGACAAGCAGAGUCGGUGCCGCUCAGAGAUGAACGUGCAGGCGGCAUGGAGGAGGGGCUACACAGGGAAGAACGUGGUGGUCACCAUCCUGGACGACGGCAUCGAGAGGAAUCACCCCGACCUGGCCCCGAAUUACGAUUCUUACGCAAGCUAUGACGUCAACGGCAAUGAUUACGACCCUUCUCCACGCUACGACGCCAGCAAUGAAAAUAAGCAUGGGACCCGCUGCGCAGGCGAGGUGGCCGCCUCGGCCAAUAACUCCUACUGCAUCGUGGGCAUCGCCUACAACGCCAGGAUCGGAGGCAUUCGCAUGCUGGAUGGGGACGUGACGGAUGUGGUGGAGGCCAAGUCACUGGGCAUCAGACCCAACUACAUCGACAUCUACAGCGCCAGCUGGGGGCCCGAUGAUGAUGGGAAGACGGUGGACGGGCCUGGCCGCCUGGCCAAGCAGGCCUUCGAGUACGGCAUCAAAAAGGGCCGGCAGGGCCUGGGCUCCAUCUUCGUCUGGGCGUCGGGGAAUGGCGGGCGCGAGGGCGACCACUGUGCGUGUGACGGCUACACCAACAGCAUCUACACCAUCUCGGUGAGCAGCACCACGGAGAACGGCUACAAGCCCUGGUACCUGGAGGAGUGCGCGUCCACGCUCGCCACCACCUACAGCAGCGGCGCCUUCUACGAGCGCAAGAUCGUGACCACGGAUCUGCGUCAGCGUUGCACCGACGGCCACACAGGCACCUCCGUCUCGGCCCCCAUGGUGGCCGGCAUCAUUGCCUUGGCCUUGGAGGCAAACAGCCAGUUAACGUGGAGGGACGUCCAGCACCUGCUGGUGAAGACUUCCAGGCCGGCCCACUUGAAAGCAAAUGAUUGGAAAGUCAAUGGUGCAGGUUACAAAGUCAGCCAUCUUUACGGAUUCGGCUUGGUGGACGCGGAGGGCCUGGUGAUGGAGGCGAGGAAGUGGAAGGCGGUGCCCGCGCAGCACAUGUGUGUGGUGGCCACAGACAAGAGGUCCAGGAGCAUCCCCGUGGGCCAGACGCUGCGCACCACGGUCCAGACCGCCGCCUGCGCCGACCGCUCGGACCAGCGCGUGGCCUUCCUGGAGCACGUGGUGGUGCGCGCCUCCAUCUCGCACCCGCGCCGCGGGGACCUGCAGAUCCACCUUAUCUCGCCCUCGGGCACCAAGUCCCAGCUGCUGGCCAAGAGAUUGCUGGACCUUUCCAAUGAAGGCUUCACCAACUGGGACUUCAUGACGGUGCACUGCUGGGGGGAGAAGGCCGAGGGGGAGUGGACCCUGGAGAUCCGGGACCAGCUGUCCCAAGUCCGCCACCCUGACAAACAAGGGAAGCUGCGUGAGUGGAGCCUCAUCCUGUACGGCACGGCCGAGCACCCCUACAACACCUUCAGCACCCACCAGUCCCGCUCGCGGAUGCUGGAGCUGGCCACCCCCGAGCUGGACGUCCCCAAGGCCGUGCCAGCCCACACCGAGGGGCCCGAGGACGAGGAGGAGUACACAGGUGUGUGCCACCCGGAGUGCGGCGACAAAGGCUGUGACGGCCCUGGUGCCGACCAGUGCUUCAGCUGCGUCCACUUCAGCCUGGGCAGUGCCAAGAGCAGCAGGAAGUGUGUCAGCGCGUGUCCCCCUGGGUACUUUGGGGACACAGCUGCCAGGCGCUGCCGCCGGUGCCACCGGGGCUGUGAGAGCUGCCUGGGCAGGAGCCCGACCCAGUGUCUGUCCUGCCGCCGCGGCUUCUACCACCACCAGGAGCUGAGCGCCUGCGUCACGCUCUGUCCCGCCGGCUUCUAUGCGGACGAGAGUCAGAGAAACUGCCUCAAGUGCCACCCAAGCUGUAAAAAGUGUGUCGAUGAACCAGAAAAAUGUACCGUGUGCCAGGAAGGGUUCAGCCUGGUGAGGGGCAGCUGCAUUCCCGACUGUGAGCCCGGCACCUACUUCGACUCGGAGCAGAUCAGGUGUGGGGAGUGUCACGCCACGUGCCAGAGCUGCGUGGGGCCCAGCCGUGAGGAAUGCAUCCACUGCGCCAAGGACUUCCACUUCCAGGACUGGGAGUGCGUGCCGGCCUGCGCCUCUGGCUUCUUCCCCGAGGAGAUGCCCGGCCUCCCCCACAAAGUGUGCAGGAGGUGUGAUGAGAACUGUCUGAGCUGCGAAGGCUCCAGCCGGAACUGCAGCAGGUGCGCACCCGGCUUCACGCAGCUGGGCUCGUCCUGCGUCACCAACCACACCUGCAGCAACGCCGAUGAGACCUUCUGCGAGAUGGUGAAAUCCAACCGGCUCUGCGGGCGGAAGCUCUUCAUCCAGUUCUGCUGCCGCACCUGCCUCCUGGCGGGCUAGGGGCGCCCCCACCCCGCCCCGCCGGGCUCAGGGACAGAGGCCUGCGUGGGCAGCUGCGCCUGACCCCCAGGAGCAGGACUCCCCACCUCGAGGCUCAGCGGUGGGCCUGGGAGGGCGUGUUUCGGAAACCGCGAUCACCUCUUCAGAGUCAGCUUGCUCGGUCCGUCCUUCUGGCAAAUUCCGACCUACAACAGGAGGCCUCGGGAAGCCACCUGGGGAAUCAGCUCUGGGCCGCUCCGGGCUCACUGCACUUCCAGACCAAAGCAGGGAGGACGGGCGCUCGGCCAGUCUCGCCGGGCCCACGGGCAGCGUGGGCGCAGUGUAGACGAAAUUGACUUGGGGGCCGGGAGGUAUGACCCCCGGGCUGCUGCAUCUGUCUCCAGAACCAGCUUCUGCUGCAAUAGUAGCGACGCUUGAGAAAGGCCUCAAGCAUCCCUGUGUGCAGGCGUCCGGCAUCGAGCCUCAGGAGCCCAGAUCCCCACCCCAGGAGGCGGUGCUUCCUGGGCGGGGGCCCCAGGACCCUGACGCCAGUUUCCUCUUUCCCAGCUUUCAACCCAGCCCAGGGCUGGACACUCACCCGCCUUCGGUGCCCCAUUUUCCCAGACUGACUUUCCAGAUCCGUUUUGGCCUCUGGUCUUUUUUUUCAAGCGGGAUCUCCAGGGCCUGCACGGCUCCUGAGCUGGCAGCAUGGCUGCGCUUCUCUCUGCCAGAGCGGAAGGCGUUUUGGAAGCUGCGUGUGCUCCUCUGUACCGAGGCCCAGUUCAUCUAUUUUCACUGACAUGCACAGAGCCGCCCGUUCCACUCCCUUCAGCCGGGGAGGGGGACAUUUGCCUUAAAUUUCUUCCAGCUCCUUCUCCGUUUGGUCCUGCUGCUCCCCCCGCCCCGCCCCUCCCCUCAUGAACUGUAAUGCAUCUGCCUUGUCCCGGGGGGGUGGGGCUCCAGGGAGUAAACCCAGCUGUUGUUUAUUGAAUCCACAACUGAGACAGACAUCAAGCAAAUACCACAUUAACCCUAAAUUAAUAAAAAGUUAACUUCC